UAGUAAUCUCUAUUUAAACUAUGAGCAACAUUAAGGUGCCAAUGACUCAUUAAAACUGAAUUUGUGAGAUAAGUAGAUCCAAAAUUCAAAAAAUCACAUACAUACUUAAUUAUUUAAACCUAUAACCUAUAUGAAUUAAGUUGAUUGUGAAAACAUCUUUAAUUGACGAAGCCAAUCAGUAUUAAGGGUUCGAGAGAGAUUUCUGUAAUUUAAAGAGGAUGUAGGAACUACAUAUUAGUAUCUAAUUUGAUAUAGUUAUGAAUAAAGGCAUCUUCUUAAAUUUUAGAUAUCAUUCAGUGAGGAUGAAGUAAAACCAGAGAUUAUUACACUUAAUCAAUUCGAUGAUGCACUUAAAUUUGAGGAUAGAUAUGAAGCAUUAUAGACUUUAGGUAUAAACUUAUAAACAUUUGGAUUAGGUUAGGGUGCUCAUGCAGUAGUGAAAGUAGCCAAAAAGAAAGAUACAGAUGAGAUUUUCGCAGUAAAGAUAGUGAGAUCUGGAGAUUAAGAAAUAUAAAACAAUGUUAAGAGAACAUUUAACAAUACUAGAUGUUUGAGACAUCCAAAUAUUGCUUAGGAUAUUGAAUUAUUUAUUAAUGAAAAGAUGGAAACUUCAUAUAUAAUUAUGGAAUAUUGUGCAUUUGAUUCAUUGGAAUCUAUUAUAAAGAAGCGAAAAUUGAAUGCAACAGAACUAAAAAUUGUGAUUAAAUAAUUACUUUUAGCAAUUUAGCACGCCCAUCAAAAAGGUAUAUGCCAUAGGGAUUUGAAACCUGAUAAUGUUUUAGUGGAUUUGAGUGAUGAUAUGGAUUCAUCAGAAGUAAGAGUGAAGGUGGUAGAUUUUGGAGUAUCAAGAAGAUUUUAAUCAAAAGGUCAAGAAAUUGAAAUGUUAACUAAAACUGGGAAUGUCUUUUAUUGUGCACCAGAAAUUUAUCAUAAAUCCUGUUUUUCGAAAGAGGUUGAUAUUUGGGCUAUAGGAGUUAUAACAUUUUAAUGCUUAUUUUAAAAACUUCCUUUGCAUUCUGAUGAAUACUAAGAUUUUGUUGAAUUAUUGAGAUCUCCAGAUAAAUGGAGGUUUAAAGAACAAUUGAAAGAAAUAGAAAUUCCUCUUUAGAACUUAAUCAUAGGAAUGUUGGAAUUUGAUACUUAGAAGAGAGUUUCGAUAGAAGAUGCUUUAAGAAUUCAGUUUUUGAAUAAUAACAAAGAGAAAGCACUCCUUUGAUAAUAAGUACGAAUUUAAAGAAUCUUAUUCAUAAUAGCAAUAAAGACAUUAAAUAAUUGCAAACAAGUUUAGUCAUAAACAACAAUUAUUUUGGAUAUCAUAUUUAGGCA